AUGAUUUUUAUAGGACAUUCCUUCGAUUUCGAAUUUACAACGAAGACUUCUAAUCCAAUAAGAUGUGCAUUUGGAAAGCAAUUCUUCAUGCUUCUAUUUUCAGAUAACACUGGAAUGUACAAAGGAUCGACCCAUCACGUAUGCUUCGUCGUCCCAGUGCACUACCCGUCAUUUGUCAGGUCGUUGUUGAAACCCAAACACUUGUCCCUGAAGGAAAGUGUAGAUUAUCUGUUCAAGUUCAAAACUCCAGAAGAUAGAAAUAGAUUUACUCUUUAUGUUGGUAGCAUAUCCAACACUUGUUUUGAGAUUAUAAAGGAACUAGGCCCUGCCAGAAAAGUCUCAAAGAAGUAA